AAACAUUCAUUCAGCCCCCACAGGAUUUAUCUCUCUCUUUCUCCCACUUCGCGUACUUAGCAGCUAAGUAGCUGAAAGUUGAGCUGCUUCUCUUUCUUCCUUUGCUCCUCCAUUGUUAGGGUUUCGGGAUCUCUCUAUCUCUCUCUGGAGGCUUAGGAACCUUUUAAUACAGCUUAUCCUGGAGGUUUAGAUUAGGAGUAAUGUCUGCUUCAAGAGGAGGUCCUGAUCAAGGACCAUCCCAGCCUCAGCAGCGCCGGAUCAUACGGACUCAGACUGCUGGUAAUCUCGGAGAAUCAUUCGAUAGUGAAGUUGUCCCGUCGUCGCUUGUUGAGAUUGCCCCUAUUCUCCGUGUUGCUAAUGAGGUUGAAUCUAGCAACCCAAGGGUUGCGUAUCUCUGUCGGUUUUAUGCAUUCGAGAAAGCUCACAGGCUGGAUCCCACCUCCAGUGGAAGAGGUGUUCGGCAGUUUAAGACUGCGCUUCUUCAGCGUCUUGAAAGAGAACAUGAUCCAACACUGAUGGGCAGGGUUAAGAAAAGUGAUGCCCGUGAAAUGCAAAGCUUUUACCAACAUUACUAUAAGAAGUAUAUCCAAGCUUUGCAGAAUGCCGCUGAUAAGGCUGACCGUGCUCAGCUGACAAAGGCAUACCAAACUGCCAAUGUUUUGUUUGAGGUUCUGAAGGCUGUUAAUCUGACACAGUCUAUUGAGGUUGACCGGGAGAUUUUGGAAGCUCAAGAUAAGGUUGCAGAAAAGACACAGUUGUAUGUCCCCUAUAAUAUCCUACCUCUCGAUCCUGAUAGUGCAAAUCAAGCCAUUAUGAGAUAUCCUGAGAUCCAAGCUGCCGUUCUUGCUCUUCGCAACACUAGAGGGCUUCCUUGGCCAGAAGGUCACAAGAAAAAGAAAGAUGAAGACAUGCUUGAUUGGCUUCAAGAAAUGUUUGGAUUUCAGAAAGACAAUGUGGCUAAUCAAAGGGAGCACCUGAUCUUAUUACUUGCUAAUGUGCAUAUAAGACAGUUUCCCAAGCCUGAUCAGCAGCCAAAGUUAGAUGAUCAAGCGCUGACAGAAGUGAUGAAGAAGCUCUUCAAGAACUAUAAGAAAUGGUGCAAAUACCUUGGUCGAAAGAGUAGUCUAUGGUUGCCAACUAUACAGCAGGAAAUGCAACAGCGCAAACUAUUGUAUAUGGCUUUGUAUCUUCUGAUCUGGGGUGAAGCAGCGAACUUGAGAUUCAUGCCAGAGUGUCUCUGCUACAUUUAUCAUCAUAUGGCAUUUGAACUCUAUGGUAUGCUGGCUGGGAAUGUUAGUCCCAUGACUGGGGAAAAUGUGAAGCCAGCUUAUGGAGGCGAGGAAGACGCAUUCUUGAGGAAAGUUGUGACUCCUAUUUAUGAAGUGAUUGGCAUGGAGGCUCAAAGGAGCAAGAAAGGGAAGUCCAAGCACUCUCAGUGGAGGAACUAUGAUGAUUUGAAUGAAUACUUUUGGUCAGUUGAUUGUUUCCGAUUAGGCUGGCCUAUGAGAGCUGAUGCUGAUUUCUUUUAUCCACCUGUUGCUGAGCUCAAUACAGAAAAAGAAGGGGAUAACAGCAAGCCUGCUGUUGCAAGGGAUAGAUGGGUCGGGAAAGUUAAUUUUGUUGAGAUUCGUUCCUUCUGGCAUGUCUUCAGAAGUUUCGAUCGAAUGUGGAGCUUCUAUAUUCUGUGCCUUCAGGCCAUGAUUAUUAUGGCUUGGGAUGGUGGAGAACCAAGUUCAGUCUUUGGAGCUGAUGUUUUCAAGAAAGUUCUGAGUGUGUUUAUCACAGCUGCAAUAAUGAAGCUUGGACAAGCUUCUCUUGAUGUGAUCCUUAAUUUCAAAGCUCAUCGAAGCAUGUCACUACAUGUUAAACUAAGAUACAUCCUGAAGGUGCUCUCUGCUGCAGCAUGGGUUAUAAUUCUGCCUGUUACUUAUGCCUACAGCUGGAAAGACCCUCCAGCAUUUGCCAGAACUAUCAAGAGUUGGUUUGGGAGUGCCAUGCAUUCACCUUCACUAUUUAUAAUAGCUGUCGUUUUCUAUUUGUCCCCUAAUAUGCUCGCGGGCGUACUGUUUCUUUUCCCUCUGCUACGUCGGUUUCUUGAGAGGUCCAACUACAGAAUUGUAAUGCUAAUGAUGUGGUGGUCUCAGCCCAGACUCUAUGUUGGCAGAGGAAUGCAUGAGAGCGCAUUUUCCCUCUUGAAAUAUACCAUGUUCUGGGUGUCGCUUAUUGCAACAAAGCUAGCAUUCAGUUACUACAUUGAGAUCAAGCCUUUAGUUGCUCCAACACAAGCCAUUAUGAAGGCCCGUGUGACUAAUUUUCAGUGGCAUGAAUUCUUUCCUCGUGCCAAAAACAAUAUUGGUGUCGUUAUCGCGCUCUGGGCACCUAUUAUUCUGGUAUACUUUAUGGAUAGUCAGAUUUGGUAUGCCAUAUUUUCCACAUUAUUUGGAGGUAUAUACGGUGCAUUCCGCCGCCUUGGAGAGAUUCGUACACUGGGAAUGCUUAGAUCACGAUUUGAAUCACUGCCUGGCGCUUUUAAUGACCGCUUAAUUCCGGAUGGAAAGAAUCAGGAAAGGAAGAAGGGAUUAAGGGCAACUUUGUCUCAUAACUUUACAGAGGAUAAGGUACCUGUUAACAAAGAGAAAGAGGCUGCAAGAUUUGCACAGCUGUGGAACACAAUAAUCAGUAGUUUUAGAGAGGAAGAUCUUAUAAGUGAUAGGGAGAUGGAUCUAUUGCUUGUUCCGUAUUGGGCUGACCGUGAUUUGGAUCUCAUACAGUGGCCUCCGUUCUUACUGGCUAGCAAGAUUCCAAUAGCAUUGGAUAUGGCAAAAGACAGUAAUGGGAAGGACAGAGAGCUCAAGAAGAGAAUUGAGAGUGACUCUUAUAUGAAAUGUGCUGUCCGUGAGUGCUAUGCUUCAUUCAAGAAUAUCAUAAAAUUUUUGGUUCAGGGAAACCGUGAAAAAGAAGUGAUAGAGAUUAUAUUUUCCGAGGUCGACAAACAUAUAGAAGCAGGUCAUUUAAUUCAAGAGUGCAAGAUGAGUGCUCUUCCUAGCCUCUAUGACCACUUUGUCAAGCUGAUCAAAUAUUUGCUAGACAAUAAGGUGGAAGAUAGAGAUCACGUUGUAAUUCUCUUCCAAGACAUGCUGGAAGUUGUAACAAGAGACAUUAUGAUGGAGGAUUACAACAUAUCGAGCUUGGUAGAUUCGAGUCAUGGUGGCACUUGGCAUGGGGGAAUGAUCCCGCUCGAACAACAGUAUCAGCUGUUUGCAUCUUCAGGUGCCAUUAGAUUUCCUAUUGAACCAGUUACAGAAGCUUGGAAAGAGAAGAUCAAACGGCUGUAUCUUUUGCUGACUACUAAAGAGUCUGCCAUGGAUGUCCCCUCUAACUUAGAAGCAAGAAGGCGGAUCUCUUUCUUCUCAAAUUCAUUGUUCAUGGACAUGCCUACGGCACCUAAAGUUCGCAACAUGCUAUCAUUUUCUGUAUUGACUCCAUAUUACACUGAAGAGGUCCUCUUCUCCUUGCGUGACCUGGAAACACCAAAUGAAGAUGGUGUUUCGAUCCUCUUUUACCUACAAAAGAUUUUUCCAGAUGAAUGGAACAAUUUUCUUGAGCGGGUGAAGUGCGUAAGUGAAGAGGAACUUAAAGACUUUGAUGAAUUAGAGGAGGAACUUCGUUUAUGGGCUUCAUACAGGGGGCAAACUCUGACUAGAACUGUAAGAGGAAUGAUGUACUAUCGAAAAGCAUUGGAGCUUCAGGCAUUCCUUGACAUGGCCAUGCACGAAGAUUUGAUGGAAGGUUACAAGGCUGUAGAACUGAAUUCAGAGAACAAUUCAAGAGGCGAAAGAUCACUCUGGGCACAGUGCCAGGCUGUUGCCGACAUGAAGUUUACAUAUGUUGUAUCAUGUCAACAAUAUGGUAUCCAUAAACGAUCCGGUGAUCCUCGUGCACAGGAUAUAUUAAGGCUUAUGACAAGAUACCCUUCGCUCCGUGUUGCAUAUAUUGAUGAGGUCGAAGAACCAGUGAAAGACAAGUCAAAGAAAGGGAACCAGAAAGUGUAUUAUUCUGUGUUGGUAAAGGUGCCUAAAUCAACUGAAUCCAGCCUAGCGCAAAAUCUGGACCAGGUUAUCUACAGAAUUAAGCUUCCUGGACCUGCUAUUCUUGGAGAGGGAAAGCCAGAAAACCAAAAUCAUGCUAUCAUUUUUUCUCGUGGAGAGGGUUUACAGACAAUCGAUAUGAAUCAGGAUAAUUACAUGGAGGAAGCCUUAAAGAUGAGAAAUUUGCUUCAAGAAUUUCUUACAAAGCAUGAUGGUGUGAGGCAUCCGUCCAUUCUUGGGCUCAGGGAACAUAUAUUUACUGGAUCCGUUUCCUCCCUUGCUUGGUUCAUGUCAAAUCAAGAGACUAGUUUUGUUACCAUUGGUCAGAGAUUACUGGCAAACCCUUUGAGGGUUCGUUUCCACUAUGGUCAUCCAGAUGUAUUUGAUAGACUGUUUCAUCUAACAAGAGGUGGUGUUAGCAAAGCAUCCAAGGUAAUCAACCUCAGUGAAGACAUAUUUGCAGGAUUCAAUUCUACACUUCGUGAAGGAAAUGUUACUCAUCAUGAAUACAUACAAGUUGGUAAAGGAAGAGAUGUUGGUUUAAAUCAGAUCUCUAUGUUUGAGGCCAAGAUUGCUAACGGCAAUGGAGAGCAGACAUUGAGUCGUGACAUUUACAGGCUUGGACACCGUUUUGACUUUUUCCGUAUGAUGUCAUGUUACUUCACCACUGUCGGCUUUUACUUCAGCACCCUGAUUACCGUUCUCACUGUCUAUAUCUUCCUUUAUGGACGUCUCUACCUUGUUUUGAGUGGGCUCGAACAAGGACUAAGUACACAGAAAGGCAUCCGAGACAAUACACCGUUGCAAAUAGCUCUUGCUUCACAGUCUUUUGUUCAGAUUGGUUUCCUGAUGGCUUUACCUAUGCUUAUGGAAAUUGGAUUAGAGAGAGGUUUUAGGACUGCCUUGAGUGAAUUCGUGCUGAUGCAGCUUCAAUUGGCGCCAGUGUUCUUUACGUUCUCUCUUGGGACGAAGACUCACUACUAUGGAAGGACUUUACUUCAUGGUGGUGCCAAGUACAGGUCGACAGGCAGAGGUUUUGUCGUCUUUCAUGCCAAAUUCGCUGAUAACUACAGGCUCUAUUCCCGGAGCCAUUUUGUAAAGGGGCUUGAGAUGAUGCUGCUACUUGUUGUGUAUCAAAUAUUUGGAAGUGCUUACAGAGGCGUACUUGCAUAUCUUCUGAUCACCAUAUCUAUGUGGUUCAUGGUCGGGACUUGGCUUUUUGCUCCCUUCCUCUUCAAUCCUUCUGGUUUUGAAUGGCAGAAAAUUGUUGAUGAUUGGACUGACUGGAACAAAUGGAUAAACAACAUUGGUGGUAUUGGUGUCCCGGCAGAGAAAAGUUGGGAAUCGUGGUGGGAAGAAGAGCAAGAACAUCUCCGAUAUUCCGGAAAGCGUGGCAUAAUCGUUGAGAUUUUGUUAUCCCUGCGGUUCUUUAUCUAUCAAUACGGGCUUGUUUAUCAUCUCACGAUUACGGAGAACACUAAAAACUUUCUGGUUUACGGAGUAUCGUGGCUGGUGAUUUUCUUGAUAUUGUUUGUGAUGAAGACUGUUUCUGUUGGAAGGCGGAAAUUCAGCGCUAGUUUCCAGCUGAUGUUCCGGCUGAUAAAGGGGCUAAUAUUCAUGACAUUCAUCGCAAUUAUUGUGAUAUUGAUCACUCUUGCUCACAUGACGAUACAAGACAUAAUUGUAUGCAUCCUUGCAUUUAUGCCUACAGGCUGGGGCAUGCUCUUGAUUGCGCAAGCGUGUAAGCCUCUGGUACAUAGACUAGGAUUCUGGGGAUCAGUGAGGACACUAGCUCGUGGGUACGAGAUAGUUAUGGGACUGUUGCUGUUCACGCCGGUGGCUUUCUUGGCUUGGUUUCCAUUUGUGUCGGAGUUCCAAACACGUAUGCUCUUCAAUCAAGCUUUCAGUAGAGGUCUUCAGAUCUCUCGUAUCCUUGGAGGACAUAGGAAGGAUCGCUCUUCAAGAAACAAGGAGUGAAUCAUCACUUCUCCUCCUCCCACUUCACUGUCAUGCAGGGAUGUCUAAUUUAUCAUUUUGUUCCUCUAGUCUUGUCGUGUGUAGAAGUAGCGAAUCUUGUGGAUUGAGUAGUGUUAAAUUAUAUCGCCUAGGUUUUUUUUAAAAAAAAAAAACACUAGUACGUAAUCUACU